AGGAGCAACAGGCCUUGGAGCUGGAGCGGGCUGAAGCUGCAGCAGAACAGGCGAAACGAAAGGAAUCCAAGGAGAAAGGGCCAGCAGAAAAGGAGAAAGAGAAAGAAUGCCCAUGGGUGCUCCCACCUGCAGGGAAGCUCACCGUGAUGAUGUUUGGGAUGACUGGUGCUGGCAAAAGUGCUCUUGGCAAUUUGAUUGCCGGCCAGAACAUUUUUGAUUCAGGUGACGACACUGCCAGCGUGACAAAUCUAGAUUCCAUUAUGAGGUAUGAAGCGGACAACGGAUCUUUGGUGGUGCUGGAUACCAUUGGCUUAGGUGACACAGAGAUUGAUCAGAACAAGGUGGUGGCCAGCAUUCGAGACGUGGCCUUGUCGGCACCGAAUGGUGUGGACUGCUUGCUGUACGUCAUGCGCAACGCGCGCAUCACAGAUGAUGCCAUUGCUCGCCUGAUCUACGUGACAGAGUACCUGUGGGGUGAUGAAAGCAUGCUGAAUCUCUACAUCGUUGUCACCUAUGCGAGCAAGUACGCCAACAAUCGGCAGGAAGCCGAUGACUGGAUUAAGCGACAAGUGGAAAUCAAUUGGCGUUUCAAGCACAUCUACUCCAUCGUGGGCUGCAAUCCACACAGGUUCAUUUUUGUUGACAACCCUGACUUGGAGUCAGUUGAGCCACGAGUGGAUGAGAGGAGACGAAACAGCCGUGAUUCGCUCUACAAGCUGUUCUGUAAUCAUCCACGAGAUGCAGUUCCUCCAUUCACCCAGGCCAUGAUGAAGCAAGUAGCUGAACUCACCAAAAACGAACGGGUGGAAUUGGAGAAGAAGGAGAAGGAACUGCGUGGACUGGAGGCAGCGAAAGGCAAAAGGACAUCAGUCACUGGUGUGGUGCCUGCAGAGUUAAAGAAGUCCGGUUCAGGAGAGCAUACCACUGUAUCUCACAACCUGAGACAAGCAAAAGAGGACUACAAGAAAGCUCAGAUUGCCAUGCAAGCUCGAUUAAAGGAGGUGAAGUCCAACAAGGAUUUCCAGGAGGCUGCGCAGCAGCACGCUGAGGCAGCCACAGACAGGUUCCUGACGGACUUCAAGGGUGAGACGGAGAAAGCCAAGGCGGCAACCAGGAUGCUGUCCUCGCUCAGCCAGCGCCUGAAUUUCAACUCUCAGGCAGCCGCCAAGGCAGCCGCGAAGCCGGGCAAGGCGGCAGCAAAGGCCAAGGCUGCAGCAGCUCCAUCAGCAGCAGCCACAGAAGAACAGCUCAAGGCGAUCUUGAACGAGGUUCGAAAGGCCAAUACGGAGACGCCAGCGGCGCUUUUCCGAAGUCUUGGUGGAUGGACCGGAGCUGGCGCUAUUUCGCCUAUGAUAUUUACAAGCUUCAUGCUGAAGCACGCGCCGGAUAUCACCCGGCAGCAAAUUGGAGCCCUCUGGUGGCGCGCAGACACCAACAACGACGGACAGGUUGACCUGAACGAGUUCAAGGACUUCUUUGCAAAGUAUGUUGAGGCUAGUGGAACUGGCAGGGUGGGUGGCAGCAUCAUAAAACAAUAGGCUUUGGAAAAGGCUUGCAGCUGGCUGAAGUCCAGCAUCGCUGCGCAUCUUUGUUUCAAGUCGAGCAGCGGCAAGAAUCCGCCGUGACUUUGGAUAUUUUGGAUGUGG